AUGGAGCUCAGUGUCCUCCUCUUCCUUGCGGUCCUCAUGGGCCUCUUGCUACUCCUGGUCAAGGGCCGCCCAAGCACCCGUGGCUACCUCCCACCAGGUCCCCAUCCUCUGCCCUUUUUGGGGAAUCUUCUGCAGAUGCACAGAGGUGGCCUACUCAAGUCCUUCCUGAGGCUCCGAGAGAAAUACGGGGAUGUCUUCACGGUAUACCUGGGACAGAGGCCCGCGGUCAUGCUGUGUGGGAUAGAGGCCAUAAAGGAGGCCCUGGUGGACCAGGCUGAGGACUUCUCUGGCCGGGGCAAAAUCGCCACUGUGGAGCCAGUCCUCCAGGGAUAUGGCGUGGUCUUUGCCAACGGGGACCGCUGGAAGGCCCUCCGGCGAUUCUCUGUGGCUACCAUGAGGGACUUCGGGAUGGGAAAGCGGAGCGUGGAGGAGCGGAUUCAGGAGGAGGCUCAGUGUCUGGUGGAGGAGCUGCGGAAAUCCAAGGGAGCCCUCCUGAACCCCAUUUUCCUCUUCCACUGCAUCACCUCCAACAUCAUCUGCUCCAUUGUCUUUGGAAAACGCUUUGACUACAAAGAUGAAGAGUUUCUGAGGCUGCAGGACCUGUUCUACCAGUCUUUCUCACUCGUCAGCUCUUUAUAUGGCCAGCUGUUUGAACUCUUCUCGGACUUCAUGAAGUUCUUUCCUGGCCCACACAGGCAGAUCUGCAAAAACGCGCAGGAAAUCAAUGCCUUCGUUGGCUGCAGUGUGGAGAAGCACCGGGAAACACUGGAUCCCAGUGCCCCCCGGGACCUCAUAGAUGCCUACCUGCUGCGCAUGGAAAAAGAGAAAUCCAACCCACACAGUGAGUUCAACCAGAAGAACCUCAUCCUCAACACAUUCUCGCUCUUUUUUGCUGGCACUGAGACCACCAGUACUACCCUCCGCUACGGCUUCCUGCUCAUGCUCAAACACCCUCAUGUCGCAGAGAGAGUCCACAAGGAGAUUGAACAGGUGAUUGGCAAACAUCGCCCUCCAGCCCUCGAAGACCGGGUCAAAAUGCCAUACACGGACGCUGUCAUCCAUGAGAUUCAGAGAUUCGCAGACCUUCUUCCCCUUGGUUUGCCCCACAUGGUCACCAAAGACACCCACUUCCGAGGGUACAUCAUCCCCAAGGACACUGAAGUAUUUCCCAUCCUGAACUCUGCUCUCCGUGACCCACGUUACUUUGAAAAACCAGAUGCCUUCAACCCUGACCACUUUCUGGAUGCCAAUGGGGCACUGAAGAAGAAUGAAGCUUUUAUUCCCUUUUCCUUAGGGAAGCGCAUUUGUCUUGGUGAAGGCAUCGCCAAGGCCGAAUUGUUCCUCUUCUUCACCACCAUCCUCCAGAACUUCUCCCUGGCCAGCCCCGUGGCACCUGAGGACAUCGACCUCACACCCCAGGAGAAUGGUGUGGGCAAACUACCCCAACAAUACCAGAUCCGUUUUUUGCCUCGCCAAAGGGGCUGAGGGAAGGGGGCCAAAAGAUUCCAGGGUCAUUAAGUGUCUCCACCUCCAAAGACAAUGGCCCUGACUCCCUCCACAGCUCCCUGCCUCUGAGAGACCUGCUGUGAGCCCGUGUCCUUCCCCCUCCACAGCAUCUUCUGUCUGAGCUCACCUCGCUAAGAGUGGAGGAGCAAGAUUCACACUCAGGCUCUAGAACCCAAACUCUUGAUCACAGCUCCCUCUUUUUCAUACACAUAUUUUUAAAUUAAGAGCAAAUUCACAUAAGAUAAAAUAAACCAUUUACAAUGUGAGACGUAGUGGCAAUGUUCAUUCACAAUGUUGUCCAACCAGCAGCACGUAGUUCCAAACAUUCUUAGCAUCUGCCCCGGAUGAUCAAACUACAACCCAGGCCUAUUAAGCAGUCACACCCAUUACCUAUUCCCCACUGGCCCCCAGAAAACUCCAAUCUGCUUUCUGU